AUGUCCAAGCCAUCUUCUGUUCCGUCCGCUCAGGACUACCUGGAAAGGGCGAGGAUGUACUAUCACGAUCAGAACGCGGAAAAGGCUAAGAAUUAUUUUGAAAAGGCGCAUCGUCUCGCAAGGAGGGAGUAUGUCAUACAAUGUCAGGCCAAGCGUCUCAAUCCUGAACCGACUCAUUACAUUCGCGACUAUGGAUGCUCCUGCAAGGACCUCAUGUAUGAGCUCACAAAGGGCCUCCAUGGCCUCAAUAAGCGAUCGGUUACGCAGCUUGCUUCCCGUCCAUGUGUUUGCAAGUCCAAGUCGGACUCUGCAAGAGGCUUGCGUCCCUGCCACGACGACCUGCACAUAGGCGCCAUCGAUGGAAUCAGUGCUUGCUACGAGCUCCUAGGUGACUUUGAGGCCUCUUUUGAUGCUGCCUUGAUUAUGAUUCACAAGGCCCCCAUGAGACCAGAGGGAUAUCUGAGGGCGGCCAAACUUGCUACGAAAAUCAAGCCGGAUCGUUAUAAAAUGUCGGAACUGCAGAUGUCAGCGGCAGACUAUCAACUGCUCAAGCGGCUUUUGUCCUCGCAUAGCAGAGCAGAUCCUGUUGCUCGUCUGCCAGGGGAGCUACUUGUCAUGAUUAUGUCUCAUUUUCAACUAAAAGACAAGCUGGCCUGUCAGCGUGUCUCCAGGUCUUGGUCUGGCUUUGUGUCGUCUCCUGCCGCCUCAAGUUUAUGGCAACAUCUCGACUUUGACAGUCAAUUCAAGCCAUCCAUAGCAGCCUUGGGCAGGAUUUUUCGACUCUCCAAUAGCAUCCGUGACGGCAAGAUCGUACCGACAACAAAACACGUCAAAAUUAGGGACUGGAACAAUUUCUCGCUUGAUAAAAACAAGCUUGCCAUGAUAACCAGGUUGCCUUACCUUGAGGUGCUUGAGGUGCGACAAGGUCCCAUACAGCGCCCGAAGAUCAGCUAUAGGGGACCUGCUGGCAACGGAAUGGUAUAUGAUCCGCCGCCCUUUCCCGACGCCGCCAUCAUGAAGCACCUAAAGCGGCUGGUCCUGGAGAGUUUCGAGUCGGGGGCCCGGAAUUCAGAGCCUGAUCGCAACAUCUGGGCGGUCCUGGCAACUGUAGCACCGUGCCUGGAGACGAUGGAAUUCUGCGGCUACAAUAGACCUUUGUUUGUGAAACCGUUUCCCAAAGUCAAGGUCCUCAAACUGUCAAUGAAGCCUGGAGGCAAACCUGCGAAUAUUCGGUUUGCGCAAUUCAAUGAGACCUUUCCAAGUCUAGAGCAACUGUACCUCGACGUUGCAGUCGUCCAUUGUACAGCCGUCGACCCAGGGGCCCUCCCGAAGCUCAAAACGCUGGUCAUUGGCUGCCUAAUCCCGGGUUUUGCAGAUACCGACGACCCCGUGGUCGGCCGCCGAAUCUUUCCCGCCCUUCCCCCGACGCUCCGGGUGCUCGACCUCGGCAUGAGCUCUUACUCGCUCGUCAAGGAGAUUCUUUUCCACUACCCAGAGCCGCUGGAGCGGCCGACGCUCUCGCACCUCGAGGUCUUUCGCCUGCUCGAUAACGACUACGACGCGGACGCGGUGCUCGAGGUGCUCAAGCCCAGCAUGGAGUCCGGGUCGCUCCGGGUCAUGGACGUCGCGCUGCCCCGGAGCCCCGCCGGCGCCCUGGUCGAGCGGCUCGGUUACGAAGCGGCCAUCGCGGCGACGGUGGACCAGUUUGCGGCCCCGGACCUGCCGCUCUCGUCCCUCACCACCGUCGGCAUCCCCAGGUACGUGACGAGGAACAUGCGCUCGUACCACACGACCCACACCACGCGGCCCUUUGUCGACUGGGUCGCAAAGUUCCCGAGCGUCGACACGGUCCGCUUCUAUCCGGAGGCCAUUGAGAACGCGGCAGAGGCCAUGGUCGGGCUGGUCAAGCUGCCCGGCGUCAAGACGAUAUACCAGAACUGUCUAAAGGGCGUGCUGCGCGACGAGGUGCUGGCGCUGGCCGGGGAGGCUGGGGUGCGCAUCGUCGAUACCCCCGAUGCGUGGUUCCCGGCUCAGUUUCCGUACGUAUUUGAGGACGCGGACGGUGAUGGGGGGAAUUAG